GUUCACACAAUGAUGAUGCCCACCCUCAUCCUCUUGAAAGUACUGACUUUCAGUCUUCUCGCUGUCGGAGCACCUUUAUCAUCGAGUUUCUCCCUUUCCCUUACGGGUCUGGUCCAAGACAAACCGAAGUUGAUAUUCGAUGCCCACGGAAAAUUCAAGGUGGUUUCAUUCUCGGAUAUGCAUAUGGGUGAAGGAGAAGAAGUCGCAAAACCACAAGAUUGGGGCCCUCAGCAAGACGUCAAUACAUCCAUUGUUCACGCAAAUGUGCUGGAUCACGAAAAGCCAAGAUAUGUAGUGUUCAAUGGAGACCUUGUCACUGGAGAGAACACAUUCAAAGAAAAUGCAACCAAGUACCUGGACAUUGUGUUUGCCCCGACAGUAGAGCGAAAUAUCCCAUUUUCCUCAACACAUGGUAAUCAUGAUAACGCAGAUCAUGUCAACCACCAAGAGGAGAUUGAAUACGAGCAAAAGCACUAUGGAAACACACUGUCGUAUACUCGGUCUGAUGUUGGCCCCAAGCCAUAUGGCUCGGGUAACUAUUGGGUUCCUGUCUAUGGUAGCCCGCGAGAUGUGGUCCCUGCAGUGAUCAUGUGGUUCUUCGAUUCACGUUCGUUUGUGCCUGGUGACCCACAAGGGACAGGAUCAGGAAAAGUACCUGAUGCUGCCAACUACUACUGGGUAGAUGAGAAUUCUGUGCCGCCAUAUAUCGAGCGGCAAAUGCAACUGAUGCAAUGUGUGCUUAGUGGGGUGAAAUUCCACCUUCUCUUAUAUUUGUCCACAUACCGGCGAGCUGUCCAAAAAGCACAAAUUCUUGCUACCCUCCCUGCUCUCGGGGAUCACGACGAUGAGCCAGAUCCAGCCUCGCAAGGCUUCUUGAACGGCACAUAUACCGGGUUGGACCUUCCAUUUUGGCGCGCUCUCAUUUCGUUAAACGGCGGUCCGUAUGGAGGACGAGUACUGGGCAUGACUUCUGGACAUGACCACGGAGAGUCAUGGUGCGCCAGAAGCACUACCUCGUCAGGGAUACCCAUUUGCUUCAAUGGUCAUUCUGGUUAUGGUGGAUAUGCGACAGAACAUAGCCAAGUACGAAAUGGACGAGUGUUUGAAUUAGAUCUGGCGCAUUUACGGGGAAAGGUGCUGACUGUAAGAACGUGGAAUUCUUACGAGAACAAGACCACAGGUGAAGAGGUUGUCCUUGGUCCCGACUACAUGAAGGACCGAAAUUCGGCCGAAAAGUUCACCAAAAAAAGUCUUGACUCGACCAUAAUGGAUGAGCGACUUGCAAGGGUCGUGUCGAGGCUCCAAAAUCUUCCUUCGAUAGCCCUUCCGACAGACUAUCCACGGGCUACAACCCAGAACAAACUCAUCGAGGCAGCACACCUCGCUGACUUGUCUGAUCAAACAUCGCUUGCUCUCCUCAAACUUGCUCUCUACAAUGAGGGUGAUGGCAACGAUGAAGACGAACCCCACACCCCCUCUGCUUUCCACCUUCUACUUGCCGCAUUCACCGUCCUUUUGCAUCGAUAUACAGGCGAUACCGACGUCGUUAUAGGCUCAUCUUCGUCCACUACUCCCGAUCCUCUUGUUCUCCGCCUCACAGUCGACCCCACCGACCCGUACUGGUCAAUUGUCAGAAGGGUUCAGCAGAUUGAGCAGGAAGCUGAUGCAGAUGUGGUACCUUUUGAACUCAUAACGAGGGAGGUCAACAAGGGAAAGGACGAGUCUAUGAUUGCGCCCCUUUUCCGCGUUCGGUUUUUCGACGAAACAGACCAGCCAACGGAAAACUUCAUUCGCACAACAAGUUUGACCUCAGACCUCACGGUCUUUGUCACCCGGCCAGCAGCUUCAUCCAGAGCAUCCCUCGUACCUCGAAUAUCACUUCGUAUCAUCUACAACUCUCUCCUCUUCGCCCCCACUCGGAUUGUUUCCAUUGUCGACCAACUUUCCGCUUUGCUUCGCAAAGUAGCAACCUCCCCACUUUCACCUGUCGGGUCUAUCCCGUUACUCACCCCUUCCCAACGAGAAGCACUCCCUGAUCCUGUUGCCGACUUGGACUGGUGUGGUUGGAAAGGCGCCAUUACCGACGUCUUUUCUCGCAACGCCAUCCAAUGGCCUGAACGACCUUGCGUUGUUCAAAGCAUUCCAGCAUCUUCGCCUUCUAUCCCUCAGGUGAAAGUCACCUUUUCGUACGCCGCCAUCCGCAAUGCCGCAAACAUCCUGGCGCACCAUCUAAUCAAGGGCGGUGUUCAACGUGAAGAGGUGGUCAUGGUCUACGCUCAUCGAAGCGUCGACCUUGUCGUUGCUGUCAUGGCCGUCCUCAAGGCUGGAGCAACAUUUUCCGUUAUCGACCCUGCGUACCCUGCUGCAAGGCAAAUACUUUAUCUACAAGUGGCUCAACCACGAGGGCUAGUUGUUUUGAAAGGUGCAGGAACUAUUCAUCCCACUGUGCGAGAAUACCUUGCAACGGACCUCAAAAUCAGGAUCGACGUGCCUGCGGUCGAAGUUUUAUCCACUGGUGAAAUCUUCGGAGGGUCAAAUGCGGAGGGAGAAGAUGUCCUCAAGUCGCUGUCCCAUUUGGGUGGGACAGACCCAAAUGUCACUCUUGGUCCGGACAGCAUUGGGACUCUUUCAUUCACGACUGGAAGUACAGGCAUUCCUAAAGGUGUCAAAGGACGUCAUUUCAGUUUGACGCAUUUCUUUCCUUGGAUGGGCGAGCGCUUUGGCUUAGGCGAACAUUCGAAAUUCACCAUGCUGAGUGGAAUAGCACACGAUCCCAUCCAACGCGAUAUGUUUACUCCGCUAUUCUUUGGUGCUCAGUUGCAUGUCCCGACCGCAGAUGAUAUUGGUAUCCCUGGCCGACUGGCUGAGUGGAUGGCCGACAGUGAGGUUACGAUUACUCAUCUGACUCCUGCAAUGGGACAACUUCUCUCCGCCGAAGCGACACGGCAAAUCCCGAGCCUUCUCAACGCAUUCUUUGUGGGCGACAUCCUUACCAAACGCGACUGUCUUCGACUCCAAGCGCUUGCUGCCAAUGUUCGCAUCAUCAACAUGUACGGUACAACUGAAACACAACGAGCUGUUUCAUACUUUGCUAUCCCACCCGUUAGCGAAGACCCAACCUUCCUUGCGACACAGAAAGAUAUUAUGCCCGCUGGUUCAGGCAUGACUGAUGUCCAACUCUUGGUUGUCAAUCGAAAUGACCGGACUGUUCCUUGUGCGGUUGGCGAGGUUGGCGAGAUUUACGUUCGCUCUGGAGGCCUGGCAGAAGGCUAUCUCGACACAACGGCAAGUGCGGAAAAGUUUGUUGACAAUUGGUUCGCAGUAGGAGCUCCUGCCCGCAAGGAUACCAUUCGUCACCCUUCAGCCAAUGGACUUGCGGGGCCAGAAGCCCGACAUUGGAAGGGGAUUCGAGACAGGAUGUACCGCUCUGGAGACCUGGGUCGUUAUUUACCAAAUGGUAUUGUUGAAUGCACUGGACGGGCUGACGAUCAAGUCAAGAUUCGUGGGUUCAGGAUUGAACUGGGCGAAAUUGACACCCAUUUGAGCCAACACCCGCUGGUCAGAGAGAACGUCACUCUUGUGCGACGAGACAAAGACGAAGAAAAGAUCUUGGUCAGUUAUUUCGUCCCGCUCGACGGACCAUCACUAGGCGAAUAUGCAAGCGAGGUCACAGAUGGAGAGGAGGACAAGGAGCUUGCCAGGGGAAUCAAGAAAUACAGAAGGUUGAUCAAGGAUAUUCGGGAGCAUCUCAAAAAGAAGUUGCCAAGUUACAGUGUGCCUACAUUAUUUGUUCCCCUAGGCCGAAUGCCGCUCAAUCCAAAUGGCAAGAUCGACAAGCCAGCCCUACCUUUCCCUGAUACCGUCCAAGCCGUGACGAACGUUCCAGCAGCAGCCCGCAAAGGCAGUGUUACGGAGGACACCAUCCGCCAAAUUUGGAGCUCUUUGCUGCCAAACGCUCCCCAACCUAUUCCCGCCGACGAAAGUUUCUUCGACUUGGGUGGACAUUCAAUCCUUGCAACUAGGCUCAUUUUUGAAAUCCGCAAGACAUUUGUCAUCGAUGCUCCGCUCGGGCUCGUGUUUGACCGACCUACAAUCACUGGUCUGGUUGAAGCGGUAGAUUCUCUGCGGAAUGCCGAUUUAGGGCUGGAGUACAAAUCUUCCGAGCCAACUGCGACGGUUAGUGCUGCUCAAGAGUUGCUGGAGUAUGGCGAUGAUUUGGAGAAAUUACUUCCUCACCUGCAGGACUCGUAUGCUGGACUUCCAUCAGAUUUUGAGACCAAAUCUUUGACCGUGUUCUUGACUGGUGCAACGGGCUUCCUGGGAGCCUUUAUUUUGCGAGACUUGCUCAACCGAGACAAGCGCAUCGGCAAAGUCAUUUGCCUUGUGCGAGCGAAGAUACCCGAAGCUGGGCUAGAACGAUUGCGCUCUGGGUCCACAGAUCGUGGAGUAUGGAAUGAGCAAUGGGUGAUCAGUAGACGAUUGGAGGUUGUCUGUGGUGAUCUGGCUGUGGAGAUGUUUGGGUUGGGAAAAGAGCACUGGAACCGUGUUGCAGAGGAGGCAGACGUUGUUAUCCACAACGGUGCUCUUGUAGGUGUUGGCUCACCCAAGAAAAUGACGUUAACAAUUCCACAGGUUCAUUGGGUUUACCCCUACGACAAGUUACGAUCAGCAAACGUUCUUUCAACGUUGACUGCGAUCGACUUGGUGUCCGAGAGGAAGCAGAAACUGCUUGUUUUUGUAUCCUCAACGUCGGCCGUGGAUUCCCUGCACUAUGUGCAAUUGGCAGACUCGUUACUAAGUAGUCAGACCAAACGAGGUAUUCCGGAGGACGAUGACCUCGAAGGAGCUCGGACAACGCUCAAAACGGGUUACGGUCAGACAAAAUGGGUUUCUGAGAAACUUCUAUUUGAAGCUGGUCGAAGAGGCCUACGUGGGCACAUUAUACGGCCGGGAUAUGUUGUCGGUGAUUCCAAGACGGCUGUGACUAACACAGACGAUUUCAUUUGGCGACUCGUAAAGGGCUGCAUCCAGCUUGGAUUAGUUCCUGAUAUCAACAACACAGUCAACAUGGUGCCUGUGGACCAUGUCGCCCUUUGCACAACCCUCGCUGGCAUUUCUCCGCUUGCUGGGGCACCUAUGUCGGUUUUGCAUAUUACCGCCCAACCAUUACCCACCUACAAUGACCUUUUGAUUCCGCUAGCUCAAUACGGCUUCGAGACCACCCAAUGCGAGUAUCUUGUCUGGCGACGACGACUCGAGCAACAUGUCUUGGAAACUCAGGAUAAUGCGUUGUUCCCAUUGCUCCAUUUCGUCCUCGACGACCUCCCAACAAGCAGCAAGUCGCCACAGCUCGAUGAUAGCAACACUGUGGCUUUGUUGUCGGCUGCGAAGGCGGCGACCGAAAGCACAGUGUCGGAUAACUUGAUAGGGCUGUAUCUAUCGUGGCUGGUUGCUGCUGACUUUUUACCGAGUCCAACGGCGCUAGAAAAAGCAAGGGUACUACCUGUUCUCAGUGGAGGAGUUGUGAAAGCUGCGGGACGUAGUGGUAAUUAG